AUGUCCUCCGAGCCUAAAGACCCCUCCCAGGCCGACUCAGCAGUCUGGGACAAACAGACCCGACGCAACAAAUCCACCAGCGAAUUCUACGAUCCCUGCCAAGAGGCCGCGCAACGAAGCUACAAAUGUCUCUUCCGCAAUGGCGGCGACAAGUCGAUGUGUGGAGAGUACUUCCAGGCCUACCGUGACUGCAAGCAAGCUUGGACUGACAAGCGACGGGGAGUUCCAUCGAAACCGAAAGAGUCGACAUCAGAAUGA